UCUCUCUCUCUCUCUCUCUCUCUCACUCACACACACACACACACACACACACACACACACACACACACACACCCUGGCCUAGUGACGCCUGCUUAUACCCACUCUGCCCCUUGCUUGCUCUGCAGGAAACCUCUGCAGUACUCAAGUCUGGCUGGCCCAGUCAGUGUGAAGGUUCCUGUGGCAUCCGUUGGAGGGGCCCUAGGUCACUGUGUUUCCUCCCAGGGGUGACUUGGCAGUGAUACGCUCUGUUUCCUCACUUCUGCAAUUGCCAGGCCACAACACAGAGGCUCGAGCUGAGGCUGGGACCCGGAGGGACACGCAGAGCCUACGGCUGAGCUCCUAUAGGGACAUACAACGUUCCAUGACCAGGUGACCCUUCCUGCCCAGAGCAAUGGAGCAAAAUGGCUCCUUCCGUGUGGAUUCUGAGUUUCGAUACACCCUCUUUCCGAUCGUUUACAGCAUCAUCUUUGUACUGGGCGUGGUUGCCAAUGGCUAUGUGCUGUGGGUCUUUGCCACCUUGUACCCUUCCAAGAAACUGAAUGAGAUAAAGAUCUUCAUGGUGAAUCUCACCGUGGCGGACCUGCUCUUCUUGAUGACCCUCCCACUGUGGAUUGUCUAUUACUCCAACGAGGGCAACUGGAUUGUACACAAAUUCCUGUGCAACCUGGCUGGCUGCCUCUUCUUCAUCAAUACCUACUGCAGUGUGGCCUUCCUCGGCGUCAUCACUUAUAACCGCUACCAGGCAGUAGCCUAUCCCAUCAAGACGGCCCAGGCCACCACCCGCAAGCGUGGCAUCACUUUGUCCCUGGUCAUUUGGAUAUCCAUCGCGGCUACUGCAUCCUAUUUCCUGGCUACAGACUCCACCAACGUGGUGCCCAAAAAGGAUGGCUCAGGUAACAUCACCCGCUGCUUUGAGCAUUAUGAGCCAUACAGUGUGCCCAUCCUUGUCGUCCACAUCUUCAUCACCUCCUGUUUCUUCCUCGUCUUCUUCCUCAUCUUCUAUUGCAACAUGGUCAUCAUCCACACGCUGCUCACGCGGCCUGUGCGGCAGCAGCGCAAACCGGAAGUGAAGCGCCGGGCGCUGUGGAUGGUCUGCACCGUCUUGGCGGUAUUUGUCAUCUGCUUUGUGCCCCAUCACGUGGUCCAGCUACCCUGGACCCUAGCAGAGUUGGGCUACCAGACCAACUUCCAUCAGGCUAUUAAUGAUGCCCACCAAAUCACCCUCUGCCUCCUGAGCACCAACUGCGUCUUAGAUCCUGUUAUCUACUGCUUUCUCACCAAGAAGUUCCGGAAGCACCUCAGCGAAAAGUUUUACAGCAUGCGAAGUAGCCGGAAGUGCUCCCGAGCCACUAGCGACACGUGCACCGAGGUGAUGAUGCCAGCCAACCAGACUCCUGUCCUGCCACUGAAAAAUUAAUCAAUGCUUAUUAAAGCCAGGCCCAGAGCCUUCUCUUUUAUGGCCCCCACAGAUGAAGCAGAAAGCUAAGAGGUUUCUGCCUGUGGCCAACCCCCUCCUUGGACCCAGGUGGACUCUUAAGUGAGGCAGUUACUUCCUCACAGAGAGCCAUUUGCUGGAAAAUACAGAACUCAAUGCUCCUUUUCAUCCAUCUUUGAGUCAACACUAGAGGGUUGUGGCUGAUGGACUCAUCCAGGGCUUCAGAUUGUGACAACCCUGCUAGCACCAGAGCUUGGGGAGAGACGCUAAGCAGCCCAGUUCAUUCAACUGGGACAGCAAUUUAAGGAUUGGGCAGUGACUUCCGGGUGCUACAGGAAGAGGGGAGAGGGGUUGUGGGGACUCUUCACUGAUUGUGAUCUUUGGCAAAACAAUUGGGCUUAGGAUGGUGCCUUCCUUUAUCCAUCUACAGAUACAAGGUCUUUGCGGCUCUUCCUAGAGGAAGUGGUUUGGUGGUUAUCGCCUGACUCACCCAGCACCUUGCCUCAGACAUAACCAGAGGAGAUAACACAGAAGCUGACCAGAAGCUAGGAUGGGUGCAUGUUUGCUGAGGCAGCUGAGUUUUGCCCGAGCCUGAGUGAGUGCUGAGGGAAUGGAAGAGAGGUGGCUACCUCAGGACGCUGCACUUUCCACUUCCGGCAGGCAGCUUCUUUUGAGGUCCUCUGGCCACCUGGUGGUGA